UCUAACUCCUUUCCCCACACCAGAGACAGCUUCCUUUAUCGCUGUAUCUUUAAGAGUCCAAGCCCGUUGCUAGGCUCCCAGGAUCCCUGGGGAGGGGGUCAGGUGCAGCACCCUGGCCCUGGGGAUGCCACCUCCUGCUGCCCCGCCCAGAGUCACUCUGCAGCAUUCACCCAGCUCUGCAUCCAGCUCUGCACACCUGCCGUUACCUCGGACCCCACGGAGCAGCUCAGGCGUCUCCCGGAGCCAUGAAAUCCUUCAGCCCGAUUCUCCUCCUCCUCGCCUUCCUCCUGGCUCCGCUGGGUUCCAGGGCCGCCCCUUCGGCCUCACCGUCUGCGGGCUUCGCGGAGAUGGGCCAUCCCUCUGAAACCUCCCCCCACCCUUCUGAAAAUUCCGCUCGGGACCUUCCUGACCCAGAAUUCCCUGGGACUGCCUCUCCAGAGCCCUCCAAGACACCUCAUGUGGCUUCCCCUGAGCCCUCUCCCCUUGCCGUCUCUGAGACCCCCAGACCUGACCUCCCAGAAAUCCCACACCCAGAGUCUCCUGAGAACCCCCAGCCUAAGUCACUUAACACCUCAAUAUCAGAAUCCCUGGAGAACCCUCAAAUUAACCCCUCCAAAACAACACAUUCAGAACCUUCCGAGACCUCCCAACCUGAUCCAACUGAAAUUCCACCUCCCCUGUCCCCUGAGACCCCCAAAGCUAAUUUAGCUUUUAUUGAAAACUCAAACCCGAAGCCUACCCAGAUUCUACACCAAGAAUCCCCAGAGAUUCCCAAACCUAACUCCACUGAAAUUUCAUAUGCAGAAGCUCCUGAGACCCCAAAUCCUAACCCCACCAACGCAUUUCACCCCAGUUUUCCAGAAACCCACAACCCAGAAGCCACUGACAUCCCAAACUCUGAAUUCCCUCAGAGCCUCCAUUCUGACCCUACUGAAACCCCUGGCCCAGCAUCCCAUGUAACCCACAGCCCUACUGAAAUUCCCCAAACAGAAAUCCCCACAACCCACUACGAAGAUGCAUCAGAGACACCCGUGGCCUCCGGCCUGGAGACCGCAGCUAGUCUUCACCCAGAAACGCCUGCACCCUUCAAGGAGGGAGCUACUGCCCUAAAUGAGCGGCCCCAGAACCCCAAACCAGAAACCCCAGCAGCUACCCAGCCCGAAUUCCUUAAAUUACCCACUUCGAAUUCUUCCGGGACCGUGGAGCCGACAGUCCCCCAAAACUCUAGCCCUAAAGGGCCCAACACCCCUCCUCCGUCAGGCCGAAUUGUAGGCCCCCCUGCUCCUCCAGGGCCCCCAAAUAAGCCGGCCCCCGCCACUCCGCGGGCCCCCCAAAGGCGCGGCCGAGGUGAGAGAGUCAACACGAUCAUCGUGGUGGAGCGAGUGGAGGAGACCGGGGUGACUCUGGUGGGACGCCCCCGGGGCGUGGCGGGCGGGGCCUUGUGCCUGUUCCUCGCGGGGACCGGGCUGCUGAUCGGCAUUUUCCUGCUGCUGUGGUGUCUCUACCGCCGGGCCAGCCGGCACCGGCCCUUCGCACACCACCGGCUUCCGAACGACGGAGACGAACCGGUUAUGCAUUUGGACACUCCGAAGGACCCCUACGACCUCUACUUUUAUGCGCCCGACGCCUGGGUCCCUUCACACAUCUCCACCAAGCAGCCACCGCCCACGCCCCCGCUGCCGCCCAAGUUGCCCCCGCCGCCCCGCGGGGGCCGCCCCCAGCGCCUGGAGCCGCUCUCCCCAGCCACGCUCCCCAACAAUUUCGUGUGA